AUGUCUUUGGAGUCUGUCCUCUAUGAUCCAGUAAUCAGUAUUACCGUCAUUAUCUCUCUUUUCUGUGCUGCUGAAUAUGCAGGGGAUCCCACCACCUGCGUCAAGAACACUGCUUCAGCAUCUUUGAUCAACUGUCUCCUAAGAGAAAAAGGCAUCGACUACAAAACCUUGCACCUCAUUGACCCAAAGUGCAAAGGCAAACUGGACGACGGAAUGGUGACCUUUGAAUUUAGUGGCAGUGAAAUGUGUGGCGCUGUAGUCACGGUGAGUUCUGUCCUUAGUCCUGUACUGUUGGAUCUCCCCUGUGCUCCUGCUCGUCUCUGGUUUGAAGUGUUUCUGUCAGUGAGGCUUCAGCAGUGCAGAUUUGUAUUCAAGUAACAUGUGGUUUCCUGUGAUCAUGCAGGACGAAGCCAAACAAGUGGUCUACAAGAACACCAUCAUGGCCCCACCGGAGAGAUCGAUCGUCAAGGCAGCGUAA